CCUCGGUAUUAUCGUGGGUAUUAUGUCUGUGGGCUUUCGGUCACACGCGGUUAUACUGAAUUCUCGCGUGAUACUGCGAGGCUACAAUUACGGAGCCAAAUGUGUUAUUUUUCUCACUGUGAAUUAACGGAACGUGAAUUAUCGAGGGCUUAGAUUUUGCAAGUUUUAGCGUCUGUAACUCGGGUAGUGUAACUCUUUUAUUUGUUGUUAAUAAACUCGGAGCUGCGUUUGUUGUUCGAGGUGAUUCUUUGAAGGUAUUUUAGGCGCCGAGAGCUCUUCAUCCCAUCACAGCGCUAGCUAGCUGACUUCACUUCUUGCGUGGAAUUACCACGAGGAGCUCGUUGUUGGGGAAAAAACGCCGGUACAGUUUUUUGUGAAUCGUCGUGGCGUUCGAGUGUGGGGUGGGUUUCUUGUCACUCUUGGAUUGCGAUAACAUGUGACGUGGUAGCUCCCGGCUAUGGUGCCGCCACCGCCCCGUGAUGUGUCCUGCCAGUGCCGGGCUGCUGAGGCUCACCCGGGGGUCGACAGCGACCGCAAAGCUCCGGCGUCCAGCUGGGAUCCGGACGGCACCCAGCAAGCGCCACCGUGUGAUCUGUGCGGAGGUCCCGAGCAGGAGCACCGGAUGAAGGUUCUGUUCCAGGUCCUGGACGUGAACGGAGACGGCGGCAUCUGUAUCAACGACCUGACGAUCGGACUCAAGAAACUGGGAGUACAUCGGACUGAACACGAGCUUAUGAAAAUUGUCAAAGCAGGAGACAAAGAUUUGGAUGGACAGUUAGACUUUGAAGAGUUUGUCCAUUAUCUCAGGGAUCAUGAGAAGAAACUCCGCCUUGUUUUCAAGAGUCUGGACAAGAAGAAUGAUGGUCAGAUUGACUCGCAGGAAAUCAUGCAGUCGCUUCGAGAUCUGGGCGUGAACAUCUCAGAAGACCAGGCCGAGAAGAUUCUUAAAAGAUUAAGGAGGGGUCAUAUCUGGGCCCCUAUUGUGUAUAUGGAUAAAAAUGGCACCAUGACCAUUGACUGGGAUGAGUGGCGUGAUUACCACCUCCUGCAUCCGGCUGACAACAUUCCUGAAAUCAUCCUUUACUGGAAACACUCUACGAUCUUUGACGUCGGAGAAAGUUUGAUAGUGCCUGAUGAGUUCACAGCAGAAGAAAAGCAGACAGGCAUGUUGUGGCGACACCUAGCAGCUGGAGGAGGUGCAGGUGCAGUGUCUCGAACGUGCACUGCACCACUUGACAGGCUCAAAGUGCUCAUGCAGGUUCACGCUUCCAAGAGCAACAGCAUGCGUAUUGCUGGUGGCUUUGCCCAGAUGAUCAGGGAGGGAGGAGUGAGGUCACUGUGGCGAGGAAAUGGCAUCAAUGUCAUCAAAAUCGCCCCUGAGUCAGCAAUCAAAUUCAUGGCCUAUGAACAGAUUAAACGAUUAAUUGGAAGUAGCCAGGAAGUUUUGGGCAUCACAGAACGGUUUGUGGCAGGUUCUCUGGCUGGAGUGAUUGCUCAGAGCAGCAUCUACCCCAUGGAGGUCCUGAAGACACGAUUAGCUCUGAGGAAGACCGGCCAGUACUCGGGCAUCAUGGAUUGUGCCAAACAUAUCCUCAGGAAGGAGGGUGUGACUGCGUUUUACAAGGGCUAUGUUCCCAACAUGCUGGGCAUCAUCCCCUAUGCUGGCAUUGACUUGGCUGUCUAUGAGACUCUGAAGAAUUCGUGGCUGCAGCGGUUUGCCACAGACAGUGCAAAUCCAGGAGUGUUUGUGCUUCUGGCUUGUGGGACAACUUCCAGCACGUGCGGCCAGCUUGCCAGCUAUCCGCUAGCCCUGGUCAGGACUCGAAUGCAGGCGCAAGCUACCCAGGAAGGAGGCCCUCAGAUGACCAUGAUGGGCCUGUUCAGGCACAUAGUCAGGACUGAAGGUGCGAUGGGACUCUAUCGAGGCCUGGCGCCUAAUUUUAUGAAGGUCAUUCCAUCCGUCAGCAUCAGCUACGUAGUUUAUGAACACCUGAAGAUCACCCUCGGGGUCCAGUCAAAGUGAGGACGAUGGGGAACAAGAGAAGAAGAUCUAAAGGUCAUUUUCUGAAGCAUUCUGGAGACCAGUGUUGGCUUCUAAGAAACAAGCAACUGGGUUUUGGAGGUAAACCAAAUGUUGAUGAUCUGAAAGUUUGAAGGAUGUCAAAGCGUGGGAGUGAAGAUAUAUCUGAGGAAAGCUAUAUUCUGGUGUUAUUUGAAAUACAGUUUUAUUUAAAUUGUAGGCUUUGGUAUUCAGCACUGGUUCAGAACUCCAUGUUUAGUUCUACAUGCUGAUUUUUGGGUCCUGAUGACGCGUUUAGUGUUGAAUCACUUGAAGAAUGUUAGAUUUGUGGCAGCAGCUGUACGUCGAUGAAUCAGGAAUCCUUCAUUGGACUGCUGAAGAAAUGCAAUCAUACAUUUUCCAUGAAUCCCUGCUGGGAGAUGCAAAUAUUCCAAAGAUCUACAGGUAAUGCUGUGAAAAGCUUUUGUGUUUCAUGACAUAUUUCCCACAUUUUUUGUAAACAUUUAAU